AUGGUAAAAGUAACGUACACUGAACGUGUCAAAAUGCAUGCCGAGUCGAGCUUCGAAGUCACAGAAGAGAUCCUGGACCCCUUUGUCCCGGAUGUGACGGACUUCGUGCUGAAAGUCUUGUGGCGUGGGUUCGAAGCGAUUGAAGCAUCGCGCGAACCACUGAAAAAGCUCAUGAAAGAAUAUCCAGCUGUGUUCAUGAAGUACGUUAAAGGUGUAAAGAAUGCCGACGACUACCCAGAGCUGGAGAAGGCAAUCAAACAAGCGAGCAAGAAGCGCUGA